UGAUAUGCACGUACGCCUGUCGUGAGUGAGAAAAGGUUGGAAGGGCUGUCUGUUUUGCUCAAGUUUUCCUCUUUUUACGAUGGCAGCUAAGCCCAAGUCAGACGUGGACAAACAGAAACAGAUUAGCGUCCGAGGGAUAGCUGAAGUGGAGGAUGUUGCCAAUUUCAAGACCACGUUUAACCGACAUCUUCAUUACAGCCUAGUCAAAGAUCGCAAUGUUGCAACUCAACGUGACUACUACAUUGCCUUGGCCCACACUGUCCGAGAUCACCUUGUGGGACGCUGGAUAAGAACACAGCAGUACUACUAUGAAAAAGAUCCCAAGAGAGUGUAUUACCUGUCUCUGGAGUAUUACAUUGGUCGCACACUGACUAAUACCAUGGUGAAUCUGGGAAUCCAAAGUCAGUGUGAUGAAGCUCUGUAUCAGCUGGGAUUGAAUAUUGAGGAGCUGGAGGACAUUGAACUAGAUGCUGGACUUGGCAAUGGAGGUCUCGGAAGACUUGCAGCUUGUUUCCUGGACUCCAUGGCAACCCUAGGUCUAGCUGCCUAUGGCUAUGGUAUCCGUUAUGACUACGGAAUCUUCAGCCAGAAGAUCAGGGACGGCAAACAGUUGGAAGAACCUGAUGACUGGUUGCGUUUCGGGAACCCAUGGGAAAAGGCACGGCCAGAGUAUACGAUCCCUAUUAACUUCUAUGGUCACACUGAACAGCGGGGUGACAAGACCAAAUGGGUGAAUACUACGGUGGUGUUCGCCAUGCCAUAUGACAGCCCGGUCCCAGGAUAUCGUAAUAACACUGUCAAUACCAUGAGGUUGUGGUCUGCCAAGUCACCCAACAGCUUUGAUCUCAGCUUCUUUAAUGAUGGUGAUUACAUCAAAGCUGUGUUGAACAGAAACGAAGCUGAGAACAUCUCCAGAGUGCUGUAUCCAAAUGACAAUAUUGUAGAGGGUAAAGAGCUUCGCCUCAAGCAGGAGUACUUCAUGGUUGCAGCAACUCUUCAAGACAUCAUUCGUCGCUUCAAGUCGUCUCGCUUCGGCAGCAAGGAAAAAGUCCGCACUUCUUUUGAUAGCUUCCCAGAUAAGGUUGCUUUACAGCUGAAUGACACCCACCCUGCCAUGGCUAUCCCUGAGCUGAUGAGGAUCUUCGUUGACAUUGAGGACUUAACCUGGGAGAAGGCAUGGGAGUUAACAGUGAAGUCUUGUGCAUAUACAAACCACACCAUUCUACCUGAGGCUCUGGAGCGUUGGCCCGUCAGCAUGCUGGAAACUGUUCUACCUCGACAUCUACAGAUCAUCUAUGAGAUCAAUGCAAGACAUCUCAGUAGGGUGGCUGAGAUGUAUCCAGGUGACAUGGACAGGCUUCGUCGUAUGUCAAUAGUAGAAGAGGAGGGUGGUAAAAGGAUUAACAUGGCUCAUCUCUGCCUGGUAGGAACACACGUUGUCAACGGUGUUGCAGCCAUUCACUCCAAGCUUCUCACUACACAUGUCUUUAAGGACUUCUAUGAAAUGCAGCCAGAGCGGUUCCAGAAUAAGACCAAUGGGAUCACACCUCGCCGCUGGAUGUUGCUUUGCAACCUGGGACUGUCGGAGGUCAUUGAAGAGAGGAUUGGUGACGGCUGGACGACCAAUCUGGACCAGUUGAGAGAGUUGGAGACCAUUGUUAAUGACAACAACUUCAUUAUGGCUGUCCAGACAGUCAAACAGGAAAACAAGAUGAAAUUGGCAGCCUAUCUGAAGAAGAACCACAACAUCGAUCUGAACACAGUGUCAAUGUUUGAUGUCCAUGUCAAGAGGAUUCAUGAGUACAAACGUCAACUUCUCAAUGCUCUCCACAUCAUCACUAUGUACAACAGGAUUAAGAAAAAUCCCAAUGGAGUGUUCGUUCCUCGAACUGUCAUGAUCGGAGGCAAGGCUGCCCCUGGUUACCACACAGCCAAACAGAUCAUCUAUCUCAUCAACUGUAUUGGUCAGGUCAUCAACAAUGACCCCAUCGUCGGUGAACGCCUCAAGGUUGUGUACCUGGAGAACUACAGAGUAUCGCUAGCUGAAAAAGUGAUUCCUGCCGCGGAUCUAUCGGAGCAGAUCUCUCUAGCAGGGACAGAGGCCUCUGGCACUGGCAACAUGAAAUUUAUGUUGAAUGGUGCCCUGACCAUCGGUACCCUGGACGGAGCCAAUGUGGAGAUGAAGGAGGAGAUGGGAGAUGAUAACAUCUUCAUCUUUGGAAUGACUGUACCUCAGGUUGAACAGCUCAGGCAUGAAGGGUACAAUGCCAAGCAGUACUACGACACUAACACUGAGCUGAAGCAAGCCAUUGAUCAGAUCAUGGGAGGAUUCUUCUCUCCACACGACCCGGACGCUUUCAAGGAUCUUGCAAAUAAUCUCCUCUAUCAUGACACGUAUAUGCUUCUUGCUGACUAUGCUGAUUACAUUGAAGCCCAGGACAGGGUUAACAAACUCUUCCUUAAACCCAAAGAAUGGACCCAGAAGUGCAUCAUGAACAUCGCCGCGUCUGGUAAGUUCUCCAGCGACCGCACCAUUGCCGAGUACGCCAGAGAGAUCUGGGGGGUGGAGCCCAACGACAUCAAGCUGCCCCCUCCCAACGUGCCACCAGAGUUCCGGGAGGACGCCAUCAACGCAAGUAAAGAGGGCCAGAAGCACCCCUCGUACUAAACUCAGGAAGCGUUUAGCAAGAGGGGUGUAAUAGAGGGGUCACUCUGGGUGAAGAAGCAAUUAACGUUCUACCAGGGUGCACUUAGAGAAGGGUUAGGACGUUCCCAGUUAGAUUGUGGAAAGGAAAAUUGAUCUAGUAUCGAAUUUCCUUGAGCAUAUAGUGAAACAAAAAUACAGAGCUGACUUUAGAAGAGCAGCUUAAUUCUUUUCUGUCAAACUGGGUCUUCUUAAUCAAGAUUCAAAGGCAUCAAAAACUUAAGUUGGGAAUUAACAACUUGUCAAUUUUCCAACCAUUUUUAGAGACGCGCUUCCCCCUCCCUGUCCUCCCUCGCUAAACAAGCUUGAUGUGGUUCCAAAAAAGGAAUAUAUAUAUUGCUAAAUUAUAAAAUUAUAAAUAAUAGUUAGUUUAAGAAGUACAGGUAUUUAAAUGCUGUACCUGAACUUUUAGAACAAUAAAUUUUAUUAAAUUACCAAAAAAAUUUCAAAUUUUAUAAUUGUAUCAGCUUGCAGCCUUGCUGUCGGAUAAGGACAAAAAAUAAUUAUUUGUCAGAUUAAAUUUAGACAAGACUCAGACAAAUUACAGGAACAUCUCUCUACUUCCUCUGUUUUUAUAAGAUUCUAACUCUGAUUGUUUGAGGGUGAUUGAUUCUAUACUGUUCCAAAAACAGUCUGUCUAAAUAAACAAUAUUUUGCUCGGACAAAAACAAAAGCUAGAUCACUGUAGAAUAAUAAUAUAUUUGAUCUGUGCUAUGAGCGAAUAAAUAAUACAAAUAUUUGGCUAAAAGAACUUUUUAUUGCAUCAGUGUUGAAGACUUGCGUUCCUCUCCUAUGCUGUAGUUUUAGCUCAGCUCAUAGGGAAAGUAAAGCAUUGGUGACAUCCGCCAAAGUUUUAUCUGAAAGACCUUUAUCGUGUUGAGGCCAUCUUGUUUUUCUUCCAUUCAAAUCAACGAAACCCAAACCGAGGCUGGAAGGGAAAAAUAGUCUGGUCCCUUGUUCAGUGAAAUGAGUAUUACACCCAUCAAUGUUUGUACAGGGAUCCUGACAAAGAUGGCUGCAGCAGGAUAAAGGUCUGCUGGUAUAAAACCUUGGUAAAGAAGCAUUCAUUUUAAGAAAUUGUUCCAUCUUGGGUUUGCUAUCAGUUUUGAGAAAAAACAAGGCAUUAAAACCCUUCUACUAUCGCUAACUUUUUGCAGUGAGUUGUAUGACCAUUUAAAACCCUUUAUCUGAAUGGGUUGUUUAUGGUGGCACAAGUAGGCUAAAUAUGUACAAAUGUGUACUGUGCACAGUAUCCCACAGUGUGGAGUAGUUACAUAUCAUUUAAAACUACAGUGGAUACAAUCUCAGAGUAGUUGCUUGACCAUUUCUUGUUCUUAAAAAAAGAUAUGAAAAGACCUUGUUGGGGUUUUCCUCAAAAAUGUAAUCAAGUUUUUAAAAUAAUCUUUCGGGCUUUAGUUAAUAAAAACAAAUCAGGACUUUAGGAUAGUUUUAGACAUCGGUGAUGUAAUAAAUAACCAAUGGUUUACUCUCCCUUAUAAACAAGUAAACACCAUUAAUAAGUCAAGUAGAUUGAGUUCCCAAAAAACGGUUCCCAGUUCAUCCACUAAUGUUUACUAAUGGUGUAUACUGCUUCAAAACUAUGAAGUUAUAAAAUUGUCAAAAGUUUUUGUUUUUGUUUGAUGAACCUUUACGCAGCAAAUGUUUACAUAGUGCCAGAUAUUUUAUAGUCUAUUUUGCUUCCUUAGAGCUAUAGGUUUUUUAUACAAAAGUUUGAAUUAUGGACUAACUUUAAAAGUUUUUGAAAGUGAGUUGGUUUCGAGGUUUGUUAAUUAAGUGGGAGUAUGGUUUGUGGAGUGUAUCGUUUCUACAAAGAAUGUCUGUUUUUUAAUGGUAUAAAAUCAUUAACAAUUUGAUCAAAUUUGUUCUCUCUUGAAUAUGUCUCGAUUAAUAACAGUGAUCAUCUCAAGGAAACUGUGUCAGGGAAAAGAUUAAACAUGUUAUUACUACAAUCUUUUUCACGGACACUGUUUUUGUUUGUAAUGGGCUUUGUAUAAAGAGGAAGUUCACAUAUGAUAAAUCUAUCCCUCUCUGCCUCUCAGAAAGUUACUCAAGUUUUCACUUCAAGAAAGACUGUUUGAAAUUGCCAAGUGAAAUUGAACAUGUUGGUGGAAUGUCUUAUCCAAGACACUGAUGUGGCAUUCAAGUUAUUUGUGUGGGUGUUCAAAAUG